AUGAGAAGUUGGGAUUUGGGCAAUCUUUUAGGAUUCUUAAUAAAUCCAAGUGGCAUCAAUUAUGCAAGGUUGCGCAUAUGGUAUGGACAGGUUGCCAAUGAUUUACCACCUUCAGCUAAAGUUAUAGAUUUGUAUAAAGAAAAUGGUAUCAAGAGGAUACGAAUUUUUGAUCCAAAUCCAAAAACCCCUCAGGCUGUCAGAGGAUCCAACAUAGAACUUCUUGUUUGUGUUUCUAAUGGAGACAUUGAAAACCUUGCCAACAAUGCCGCUGCUGCAACUGAUUGGGUCCAAAGAAAAAUAAAGGCCUACUUUCCUGAUGUCAGGUUUCAAUACAUUGCUAUCGAAAACGAAAUAAAGCUUAAUGAUGCAAUAGCCCUAUAUGUUCUACCAGUCAUGUUGUUUUAUACCAAUGUCUUGACAUAA